CAGCAUGCAUACAACAGGCCGAGUUGAAUGAAAAAAAAACAAAAUCACAUUUAUCAGAAGAUCAUGAAAGAUUGCGUUCUCCAGCUUGCAUGAUUGGCCAUGCAAAUUCUUUAAGAUUUGAAGUCAACUGUGAAAACUUCCUUCUUUUUUUUUUAAAAUCUUAUUCAGGACUGAUGGUGUAUGCUACAGACUCUUAUAAGUGAUCACUGAGAUAUCGAGCUUUAGUCCAACAUGAGAAUCGCUGCUCAGACAGUCGUCGGGUGGUUGGUAUUUCUGGCCCUAAUAAAAAGUAGGAAUUUUUUUUCCUCUACUUUGACAACAAUUCUUGCUUUUUACAACAUUUGCAUUAAAUUAACGUGUACCUGUGUUUUCACCACCACAGAUUAUUCAACAAGUAACUCAAACCCAUUUGAGCUAACACCCAAUAGGCUGACAGCUAAAGAGGGGUCGUGCGCUGAGAUCAAAUGUAUAGUCUCAAAGGCUGUUACUGUUGAUGGCGCAUACUGGUUUUGGAUGAAGGACGGAAAAUGGAAUGACACUGUUAAAGAUUUUACCGGCACCAUCGUUUACAGCUCAAAUUUCUCAAGACGUCUUGUCAGCUCAGACUUUGAAGGCCGAGUCAAAUAUAUCGGCUCUUCAUCUUCACGUUGGAAAAACUCAUACCAGCAAUCGUGCAGUAUUUUGAUCUGCGAGCUGAAAAAAAGCGACAGUGGAGAGUAUUCUUUCAGAUUUGAAGGAAAAAAAAAAUGGAUAACUAAAAAAAAUGUGUCCCUCGAAGUUCAAGAGAAUCCAUGCCUGCUCACUUUUCAGAAACCACCUGCCGUGAACGAAUCUGACACAAUAACACUCACGUGCUCCACUUUGAGAUCAUGUAAAUCACAGCUACAAAUUAAAGAUUUGGGACAAUCCCAACCCUUAACACAGUCCUAUAGUGUUCAACAACAUGAGAAAAGCACCACAGUCAGCUUUACAGCGCGCUUGCAGGAUGAUGGGAAGGUGUUUUUAUGCCAAACAGAGGGUAACGAGGACAAAUAUUCUAUUCGGAAUAUUUCUGUAACUGUUGAAUAUGCUCCUAAAGACAUAUCGGUUCAGCGCACUCACACUGUCAAGGAAGGAGAUUCAGUGGAUCUCAGGUGCUCUGCCAAUGGAAAUCCUCCGCCCAACAUUACCUGGUUUAAAGAAAGAAACAUACAGUCCUCAGCGCCCACAUGGACCAUCACAUCAAUUCAGGAGUCACAGGGUGGAAGUUACUAUUGUAAAGCUCAGAACAAAUAUGGAACAAUUACAUCCAGCUCAAUCACUAUUACUGUUAUAUAUGUGCCUCGUGUUGAGAUAAAGAAGACCCCCCCCAUGUCAGACGUUAAAGAAGGAGAUAAAAUGGAUUUAACAUGUGAUGUGACGAGAAGCGACCCACAGCCUUAUGUGUACAAUUGGUUUAGAAAUGGAAGACAUAUUGAUAUGAAUCAAUUAUAUGUUGAAGAAAGUAUCACGCCUGAGAGCAGUGGCUCUUACACAUGUGAAGCCACUAACGCUGUGGGUACUGGAAAAUCAAAACCACUUCUAAUCAGUGUUCAAUACAGGCCGAGGAGGACAAGCAUUUUCAUCCCUGACAACAAAGUGAAAGUUGGUGGAUCCCUCACAGUCACCUGUAACACUGACGCCAAUCCUGACCCGCACACGUACUCCUGGUACCGUUUCAAUGAAAAUAAAAAGCUUGACUCCUCACGGUGGAAAUCUAGCACAGGCCAUGACAACAGUCAAUAUUUGGCGAAUAUUCAAAGAGCAGAUGAAGCGUGUUACGUCUGCAACGCCACCAACUCCAUCGGAACGGGGGAUGAUAGUCAGCAAGUGUGCAUAGAUGUGCUGUACCCUCCCACCGAGCCCACGCUGUCUAUGGCUGAUGAGGUCACUCAAGGUCAUACCAUCACCAUUACCUGCACAGUUGAAAGUAACCCACCAUCAACCCUCACCUUGAGAAGGAUUUCCACAUCAAAUCCUCAGUUUUUAGAAAUCCCUGAAUCCAUAAAUGAUCAACACCACGUCAGCACUCUCCACCACUCCUUUAAUGUAACGUCAGCGGACACCGGCUCUUACUCUUGCAGUGCCGUGAACAGCGAAGGUUCAAAGGAGAGCAAACAAAGGAAGUUACUGGUGAAAUAUAUUCCCAAAGACGUGACGGUAAAACCUCUGUCCGGUCUUGUUGUGAAUGAAAAUGCGCCGUUGACAUUGUCCUGCGAUGCCCAGUCCUACCCAUCAGUGACCUCUUUCACCUGGAUGAAGAUAACUGAUGGGAAACAUGAACCCCACAAGACGACGCAGACCCUCACCAUAAAGUCUGCCAGUCCCUCUGACAGCGGAUGGUACAGCUGUGAAGCCACCAAUGAAAUUGGAACUGGAAAAUCUCAGCCAGUUGAGGUUAAAGUUAAAUAUGGUCCAAAACACACAACUAUCACGAUAACAGCAACAAAGCAGGAGCGUGACGGGAAGAGCUCCAUGACGCUGACCUGCAGCAGUCACGGCUACCCCCCACUCAAGUUCUCAUGGAGGAAAAAGGGCGAGAAAACCGAUAAAAAUGUGGCUUACAGACAAAACUACACGGUGUACUCAGACAACCCAGGCGUCUACUACUGCAUCGCAGAAAAUGAAAUGAACCGAAAAUCAUCUGACCCUGUCCACGUGUUUGACCGAGACCUAAAGAAGAUCCUGAUGGUCUUAUUUAUCUCUUUUUUUAUCUUGCUAAUUUGCUUCUCAAUUUUAUUUUUUUACAGACACAGGAGAAGAAAAUCAAUUCAACAAGGAACUACAAACACACAACCGUUAUCUGGCUUUUUGGGUUGGUGGAACAGCUCGAGGAGGGGGAAUCUGACGAAUGAGACUGUCUUGACCGAGCCGUCCAGGAGCAGGGAUGACCUCUUGCCAGACCAGCCGUUCCGUCCAAGGGCCCAACAACGCCAGCCUCGUCCAGACAGCACGCCUGCGUCCAACAUCAACAGUGUUUACAGCACUGUGAAUCUGCCCCAUGGAAAACCGGCUCCUGCUGCACAAAAAGCCACAGGACAGCAAGGUGGACACACACAGGAUGAUUCUCUCAACUAUGCUUCUCUGCACUUUUGGAAUAAGAACCAACAGGGGGAAGCAGAAGAGGAUGUGUACACAAAGGUGUCCAAACCAAAGCCACUUCAAAAGAAUGAACAAGGCAGAACGGACGACUAUGAAAACUUCACUGUAGCACAUGCACCCAAAUCUCCAAACCCAUUAACCAAUGACUCAGAGAACAGUGACGAUGAAGUGGAUGUCAACUAUUCACAGGUGAGCUUCAAGCCAAAGCCAGGACAUCAGCGAGUCGACACAGACUCCAGCACCUCUGACGAAGAUGAGAUUCAGUACUCUGAUGUCAAAGUCUGACUCAAGAUAUUCUCAUCCUACUUUACAUACUGGUGGGAUGCUAAUGGUAAAUUUACAACAACUUUAGCUUCCAACCAACAUAAGUGAGCAGAGAAGUUGAAAUUGUCAGCUAAAAGCAACAAACGCAUGCAAAAAAAUUCAAAAUGGUUGUAACAAUACCACUUUUACAUUCUUUAUGGUGUUAAACAGCAUCCGGUUAUUAAUCCAUUCAUAUGAACGUGGUGUAUUUGCAAAAUGAUGGCAGUGAAGACUGGAGCUCAUGGGAUGGGCUGUGGGGUACGUCAGAUAAAAAAUGUUGGGGAAACCUCUACUCUUUAGUUUUGUUUGUUUUUUCAUUCCUAAAAUAUCAGUUUCAGUGCAUUUCUGUUUCCAUUAUUGUGAAUUUAAUCCAAACCCACAGUACCUGAAAUGUAAAUAAGGGUCAGUUAUGACAGAUUUUUUGUUCAAACUCAGUUGUUAUAAAAGAAAAAAAUAUAUGGGGACAAAUGUAUUUUAAAGUUUAUUGACAUUACUGUAAAGUUGGUGAACACGGCUCCAGCACAAAAUGACAUGGCUGUAAUGAGGCUUGUUUCUGAAGGACGCAUGUCGAAACGAUGUACUAUAUGCAAAAUGCUCCAUUUCAUAACCCGCUUUGACUGUAGCUCUGGUACGGCUGUCUACUGAAGUGCAGCAGGAUUUACUUUUGUUUUUGUUUAUAAGCACAUACAUAUUUAUGUAUUCUAAUAAAAAACCAAAACAAAUAUAAAGUUAUCAAUAAAAAAAGUGUUUGACAAAUA